CUCAGUUUGGUCAUCGGAAACAUAACAGUCUGUUCCAUUUCUUCUCGCUGGUGACGAAGGUGCGGGAAACUGGAAAUGGCACCAAAGACGAAAAGAGGAAAAGCUAAACGCAUAGACCACAACUGCGAAACAUGUGGCAAAGUGUUUUCCAAACCCUCGGAGUUGACCAUCCACACGAGAGUACACACUGGCGAGAAGCCAUAUGGAUGUGAAGUGUGUGAGAAACGAUUCUCCCAGAAGUCGGGUCUGAAGAAUCACAUGGCCACCCACAUUGGCGUCAGGUCGUUUAAGUGUGAUGUGUGUGACAUGGCGUUUACACUGAAGUGCAACCUUACGAAACACGCAAAGCUCCACACAGGGGAGAAGCCACACCAGUGCCCUGUAUGCGACAAGCGAUUCGCAGCCGGAGGGAACAUGAAACUACACAUGGAGAUGCAUGCGGGGCUGAAGCCCUACAAGUGUGAUACCUGUCCAAAAGCUUUUGCUUCAAAGAGUGCGCGUGAAAAACACAAAGCAACACAUCUUAAAGAUGCCUUGCCUUUGUGUGGGCUUUGCAAUAAGUCUUUCGUAGAUGAGGAUGUCCUGGACAAACACAAGCUGAUACAUGACAAGGAAUGUUUCAGAUGCGGGAUGUGCAAGGAGCCGUUUCACAGCACAGGGGAUUUGUAUAAACAUAUACGAACACAUGGAGGAUACAAGAAGGGCGACUUUGCUUUUGGAUGUGGAUUAUGUGAGAAGGUGUACACAUAUUGUUCCCGGCUGACAGAUCACCUGGUAUCACAUACAGGUUUAAAUGCAUACAAAUGUCUCCAGUGUGAGAAAUCCUUCUCCUCCGUUGCCCAAUUUAAUCGCCAUGCUAAUGUCCACAGUGAUGCAAAACCUUUCGUCUGUAACAACUGCGGGAAAUGUUUCGCGACGGCGGGCUACCUAAGAAUACACAUGGGCGUGCACGGCGACGUCAAGCCGUUCUCCUGUCUGGUGUGUGAUAAGACAUUUCUUCAUAAACAAAACUUGAACACCCACAUGAAAGUACACUCUGCCUUAAAACCGUUCGAUUGCCAGGUAUGUCAGAAGGCGUUUUCUUCCAAAGAAAACCUGAACACACAUGUCAGAUGUCACACGGGAUUACAACCUUUUCAAUGUGACAAAUGUGGACGAAAAUUCAGUCAAUCGGGGGCACUGAAGAAACAUAUGAGACUCCAUGAGGGAGACACAGAGUGAGCUGGGUUUAACGCCGAUUUGGAUAUUUCAGUUACAUCAGGGCGCGUCAACGUGAUGUUGAAAGAAAGCCUGAAGUGAUGCAUGUUGGUUGGUUGGUUGGUUUGUUU